AGCAGCAGCAGAAGCAGCAGCAGAAGCAGCAGCAGAAGCAGCAGCUGAACGAGCAGCAGCAGAAGCAGCAGCAUCAGAAGCAGAACGAGCAGCAGCAGAAGCAGCAGUAGAAGCAGAACGAGCAGCAGCAGAAGCAGCAGCAGCAGAAGCAGCAGCUGAAGCAGAACGAGCAGCAGCAGAACGAGCAGCAGCUGAACGAGCAGCAGCAGAAGCAGCAGCAGAAGCAGCAGAAGCAGCAGCAGAAGCAGAACGAGCAGCAGCAGAAGCAGAACGAGCAGCAGCAGAAGCAGCAGAAGAAGCAGCAGCAGAAGCAGCAGCAGCUGAACGAGCAGCAGCAGCAGAAGAAGCAGCAGCAGAAGCAGCAGCAGCUGAACGAGCAGCAGCAGCAGCAGAAGUAGCAGCAGCAGAAGCAGCAGCAGAAGCAGCAGCAGCAGCAGAACGAGCAGCAGCAGAAGCAGCAGCAGCAGCUGAGAUCGAGGCGAGUGCUCAGAGCGGGGAAGGGGGCUCACAUCUGGCCCCCCGCGAGUCUCCGGAUGUUGCAGGAGACGUUCUGCCGUUCAUCAAAGAAGGAGCUCUCCUGAGCGUGGCCUCGUUCCUGAGGCUCGCCAGGCCCGUGACGCCCCGACAAGCCCAGCCCGGCUCGGACGAGAACCGCCGACUCGCACGCGAUGUUCGAGACGCUGUGGAACCGGUGUACAGAAGCUUGCCUGGGUUCCUGGAGGUGCAAAUGAACAACAUCAGCGACAGCGGGCUGCUGCUGUCUCUCUCCGUGACCUUCGUGGCGCAGCCCGGCGACCUGGCGUCGCUGUACGCGGUGCGCGCGUCGGCCACGCAGCGCACGGAGCGGCCGCGGAGGCCCAUCGCCCUCGUGGGCCACAGCGCCGUGCAGCUCGGACUCAGCGGCCACCAGAAACGCCUGUGCGACACGGCGCUCUCUUGCCCUCCGUGGUUCGAGUGCAUUGAUGGAGGAGGUGGAGGAGGAGGUGGAAGAGAGCGCUGCACGUCGCUGUGCACUCGCGGGUUCUGCAGGAACGGGGGCAGCUGCUCGCACCACGUGGCCCACAGACCACAGUGCAGCUGCCCGAUCGGCGACCAUUACUGGUUCAUGGGAGCUCGCUGCGACGUCCGGAUGACGACGCAGAACGCGGUGGGCAUCGCGGCCGGGGCGGCGCUGGGGCUGGUGACGCUCACCGCCAUGGUGCUGCUGCCGGCCGCGCGGCGCUUCCAGAAGUGGAGCGUAGCCGAGGAGGGCGUCUUCUACAGCGACAGGAACGGCAAGAACCGCCCCGAGCAGAUCCGCGACGUGGACCACUACCAGGACCUGUCGUCGUGUCGUGCGCUCACGCCCACCGAUGCCGCCGGAACGUUCCACCGAUCGACUCUCGUGGACGUCCCCGGGAAACGGGGAUCGUCGAGCCCCGAGGCGGAUCGCGCGGGAUCGGAGGGGCUGGCCCGGCUGCCGCCCGACGGAAUCGGCGAUCCGGCCGAGGGGGAGGAGCGGAGGGACGCCGCGACCGCGUGCGCGGCCCCGUCGGAGCGAGUCGAACCGGAACCUCCGCCGGAGGACGGAGGGGACGCGGACGCAGAGUCGCAGGACUCGGACGCGGACUUCGAUAUUUUUCUUUGAGCGCCGUCGGCCGGCGAGGGGAAAUCUUGCGGACGCGUCGAGGGAAAGGGGGGCGACGAGAAUGCGGUGGUGGGUGAUGAGAGGCCGGGGCGAGCCGGAGGUCGGCCGGGCGGGUCGAGAGGUCAGAGUUGUUAAGCCGGCACCACGGGGAGAUCCUGGGAUUCGCGUCGGAGUUUCAUCGCCGCCGCCGCCGCUGCUGCCUGCGUUUAAACCCCCCCGGGGUUUUCAAGUGCGGCGAGGUGAUGGGCUCAGCCCGGUCACCAACAGCCACGCGAAAGAAAGAAAGACAAAGGCGCAGCGAGCAAGCAGCAACCCAUCGCGUGAAACUUGCUGCUGCGCACAUUUGGCUCGAAGGAUUGAACAUCGUGCUUUGGCCGUCACGACAGGAACGUCGCCCUCCAUGGCGGAGAACUCCGCGCCCCGCUGCUGCGUGCGGAACCGGAUAACUCGUCCGUGAAUUACUUGAACAUAUCAUUUGUAGAGGUGUGCGUGUGUGCGUGUUUUUCUAUUUUGUACGUAGCCACCCGUGUCAUCACCGUUCCACUGGCACAGCGUGUAACGGCGACACCGACGGCAAUGUCGCCGGACAGACCCCCCCCCGCCCCCCC